GAAACCGAAAGCUGUUGUCUGUCUGUUGUAUUUUAUAUAAAGUUCAGUCACUGGUUCAGUGUUACUCUAUCAUGCCUACUGUCACGUGGGCCGCGUUCUACGUAACAAUAACAAUCGCUUUACUAACACAUGUUCGUUCGGAUAAAUUAGAAAAAGUUGACACGGUCGCAAGUCUCUACGAAGAGGGCACAUUGGCUUAUUUGGAAGAAAGAUAUCCCGCUUGUGUGGAGAAACUAGAACAUGCGUUGAAAAAAUACAAUUCUCAUAGGAAAAAUACGGAGAACUGCAGGUUGACAUGCAAGUACGACGUCGAAGGCUUGGAACCACUAUUUCCGGUGGACAUCGAAGACUUGAGAUUUCACGAGAAGAAUAUCAAAAACACUCUGUGCCUUAUCAAUUGCAAAAUCAGCACUAACGGGAAUAAUGACAAUAUCGAUUGGGAUACGCAGAAAAUUUUUGAACAGAAGAAACCGUAUGAAUAUCUUCAUCUCUGCUAUUUUAAGGUGAACGAUAAACAAAGGGCCGCAUCGGCGGCUUUCACGUUUCUGGUUUCAAAUCCUGACAAUAAAAUCAUGUCUGACGUAUUACAACAGUAUGCAGCGCUCCCUGAGGUCGAAAUGAAAGACGUAGUCAACUUUGAGGCGAAAGAUUACGUUUAUUUAUACGUAUAUGGAGUUGAUGCGUACCAAAAGAAAGAAUGGGUCACUGCAAUAAAUAACAUGGAGGAGAGCCUGGUAUCCUAUUUGCACGCAGAAGACGAAUGCAGGGCCCAAUGUGAAGGACCAUUUGAUCCUGGAUGGUAUCCUGAUUUUGUACCAGCCAUGGCAAAUCAUUUUACAUACGUCUUAAGAUGUAAACAGAGAUGCAAAAGGCGACUAGGGUCUUUAAAUGGAGAAAUGUAUGACGAUCUAUUGGCUAGUCACUAUCACUAUCUUCAGUAUGCUUAUUUUAAGAAAGGAAAUCUAAAUGCUGCCUGUCAAGCAGUUGCCAGUUACCUCUUGUUCCUUCCCGAAGAUGAAACCAUGUUGGCAAAUAUGAGAUAUUAUCAAGCUUUACCGAAAGUCCAAGAUGAUUUCUUUACUCCAAGAGAUGAAGCAAUUCGAUAUGCACAAAGGGAAACGUACGAGAAAAGAAUACUCCAGUACAUUAAAAAUGAAUUCCAUUUUAAUGAGCAAGCAAAUAAGAUGAAAGAAACCAAGGUGGACACUGCUUCUGACAAUGAUUCCACUGCGAAUGACAUUGACACCGAUGUAUCUGUAUGACGCUUUUAUCUUCUGGGUCAGUUUUUUGUGAAUAUCGAUAUUUGGUUGCACUUGACUUCUGCCUAUUAACUAUUUUUUUUGUAAUACUCUCAUGUGCCAUGUAAUUUUCUUUGAUUGGAUCUUUUAAUAAAACAUUUUAACAAGA